AUGGCGGUAUCAUUGCUAAUUGCCUGGGUUGUUGUCUGUUUAUGCAUUAUUCGUGGUGUUCAAUCAUCUGGCAAAGUUGCAUAUUUUACUGCUAUUUUUCCCUAUGUGGUUCUUCUUGUGCUUAUCAUUUACACUGCAACACUCGAAGGAGCAGUCGAUGGUAUAAAAUUCUAUAUUAUUCCAAGAUGGGAACUCGUCGGUAAUUUUAAGUCUGCCAUUUACGUGUCCUGGUGGUAUCUAUCUAUUCGAAUUCCUUCAAGAGUAUACAGCCAAUUUAUCGCUACUUGUCAUCGGCUUCAUCGAAGUGAUCGUUAUUAG